AUGGCAACUGCGGCCACAACCAAGGUCCCAGAGAUCCGAGACGUGACCAGGAUUGAGCCCAUUGGUGCUCACUCCCACACCCGGGGGCUGGGACUGGACGACGCCUUGGAGCCCCGGCAGGCCUCCCAGGGCAUGGUGGGCCAGCUGGCAGCCCGGCGGGCAGCAGACGUGGUGCUGGAGAUGAUCCGAGAAGGGAAGAUUGCCGGCCGGGCGGUCCUCGUCGCCGGGCAGCCUGGCACGGGGAAGACAGCCAUCGCCAUAGGCAUGGCCCAGGCACUGGGCCCUGACAACCCCUCCACGGCCAUUGCGGGCAGCGAGACCUUCUCCUUGGAGAUGAGCAGGACCGAGGCUCUGACACAGGCCUUCCGGAGGUCCAUCGGCGUGCGCAUCAAGUGA